AUGUCGAACCAGGCCCAUAGGAAGUCACUGCAGAGGGCUACAGCGGAUGGGGGAUAUCAUGUGGAUUAUGAUACUAAGUUGACCUACUGUUUGUCUCCUCAUGACGCUGGCAAGCCUUGCAUUAACGUCCUCUACGUUCAGUGUCAUUCUUAG